GUAUAUAGGAGGGGAAAAAAAGGUGUAAAAUAUCGYGGUCAGUGUUGACACUUCCAACCUUUUUCACGCUAUCAAAGUUUCCAGACCUGUGGCGUCAAUGAACAUGGGUAUUUACGACGAUAGUUUAUUGGUGCUGUUGCUUUCACUGUCCUACACUGCAUUGACCACUAAAGCAGGCGAGGUGUUUCGCAGUGAUUACGAACCUAAGCGACUCGGUUGCUUUAGAUCGAAAAACGGCAAAGUCACUCCUUUGCAGCAGCUCAUUUUAACAGAUCGCGAUAAAACAUCAAGGCAUUAUAGUGGGAAAAAAAUCGAUUGGGGGAAUUGGAACUCUUACAUUCAAGACUUUGCUUUUCGAUGUGCUAAGGAAGCUGAUAAAAAGGGAUAUAAAGUCAUUGGUCUUCAGUUUUACGGAGAAUGUUGGAGCAGCUCCACUGCUACACCAGAAAUGUUCACUUCAAGUUUUGCUUCCACAAAAUGUACAGGCAAGUUUUACAAAACUUGUGGUCCAGAUGAAAAAUACUGCGUGGGACAAGGACAUGCAAACUUUGUGUACAAUUUGAUAAAAGUACCGCCACGAUGGGAAGUCAUUUUUGACUUUGAGAAAGGAAGUGCUUCUCUUUCUCAGUGGAAACAAACUGGCACCGCGUUCAAAAACCAGCCAACUUAUGGCGACAAUCCUACCGCAAGAAACAGACCAGAACCCUCUAAUCACCAGGGAGACUUUUGGAUAGGAGGAGCAGAAAACCGACCAAAUAAGACCUAUAAGGCUGGACAAGUACAGGGAGAUGGUCCAAAAGGAACUUUGACAUCACCAUCUUUUUACCUAAAUGGAAACAAACUAAGAUUUCUGAUUGGUGGAGGCUGUGAUAUCAAAAUAGAGCGAGUGGAGUUGAUCGUCGACGGGAGAGCAGUUAAAUCGGCAACCGGAAAAUGCAAAGAAAGUAUGGACGUCCACGAAUGGACCGUCAGCUGUUUCACAGGGAAAGAGGCUCGUAUAAGACUGGURGACUCUAGCAGUGGUAAUUGGGCUCAUAUCAAUUUUGAUCAGCUUGAGAUAUGGACCGACAAAAAACACUUGUCAGAUUGGUGUCCUUUGUUUGACUUCGAGAAAGGAAGAGCUUCUAUGGCGGAUUGGACUCUUACUGGCACGGUCUUCAAUAACCAACCAACUUAUGGAGACAAUCCCACCGCAAGAAACAGAGGAGAACCUUCUAACCACAAGGGAGACUGGUGGAUUGGAGGCUCUGAAAACCGACCAAAUAAAACUUCUAAGGCUGGAGAAAUACAAGGAGAUGAACCGUUCGGAAACGCUACAUCGCCAACAUUUGUCAUCAAGGGAAACAAGCUGAGAUUCCUGAUCGGUGGAGGCUGUGAUAUAAACUUUGAGCGAGUAGAGUUACUGGUUGACGCAGUGGUAGUUAAAAAGGCAACUGGAAAAUGCACGGAAAGUAUGGCCGUACAGGAAUGGGAUGUUGGUGCUUACAAGGGAAAGAAAGCCCAAGUGCGAUUGGUUGACAAAUACAUGGAGAGUAACAUAUGGUCACACAUCAAUUGUGACCAGUUUGAAGUUUAUCAGUAAAGAAGGGUAGUGAAGUUAAGUUUAAUCACAAAAAGGGGUUAAAUAAUAUUCAUAUUAUGAACUUUAAGUACUUGUCUUUCGGUUUACAUUAAUUCAGUAUUAUAUUCAGAUUUUUUGGUCUAUUUAACAAUUAGAUCUCGAGGUCGAGUGGACUACGAGCUAAUAGCCCAUGUGGCCGAGUCCAGUUGACUGGAAUCCCUACGGCCAUCUAAACUCCCCCAGGGACCUUAGUUUCUAUUCCUUUGUUUUCUAUGUUUUCAAUUCACUUCCGGUUUACGUCGUACUAGGAUCUAUUAGUCAAAGAAGCACGGUGGAAUGGCUUUUGUACCUAUCAUUGAGUGCUCGAACGAUCGUUUAGCUGUCACCAUUUUGAAUAUUAGUGAAUGUUUAUCCGCUGACCUUGUUUAACAGCUCUGUUCCAAGGGUGUGGCCAAGUUGAUCACGUAUUUAAUUUUUACAGGCACGUAUAAUAAAGAUAAAGAAUGGAGUAGUACUUAUUCAUUAUAUAUUCGCCAUAAUGGUUCUUGUAUAUCAAAUGCAARUCAUGGCGGCUGUCGUAAUUAGGACUUUGGCAUUCGGAGAGGGAAAUUAGAACUGAGGCUUCUCCURAAAUUUUUCUGUUUCACCUCAAACUACAGCAAMCUAUUUAGCCCUUAGAAGUUUAAGGUUUCUCAAAGUGUUUUACCAUAAUUUCUAUCUGGUUCUUCAGUGAAAGGUGUUUAUUUUUAAUUGAUGUUUAAACUGAUUCAAAGCUGAAUAAAGAUUAAGCCUAGAGCAGAAACACUAAGUAACCAACA